ACAUGUGUCAAAGUCAAAGUUAUGUCAAACAGUUAUGAAAUAAUUUCAAUGAAAAUAAUAUAGUCAAGAAUAGUCAAGAUCCAAACUAUACUUAUUAAAGCAUGACCACAAAAAUUAUAGCUAGUGCAACGGUACGGGCUGUAAAGAAACGAAUAUUGCCUUCGAGAGCUGCUUUGGUACUAACACCGUCAGCUGUGAAAAAGGUUAAAGAAAUAAUGCAGAAAGAAGAGGCAAAAGGUUAUGUCGGUUUAAAAGUUGGAGUACGACAAAGAGGUUGCAAUGGUUUAUCAUAUACGUUAGAUUACGCGAAGACCAAAGAAAAAUUAGACGAAGAAGUAAAACAAGACGGUGUUACAAUCAUAAUAGACAAAAAGGCACAGCUUACUUUAUUAGGCACAGAAAUGGAUUAUGUGGAAGACAAGCUAUCUGCAGAGUUUGUAUUCAAUAAUCCCAAUAUCAAAGGCACUUGUGGCUGUGGAGAAUCAUUUAGUAUAUAAUUAUUCUCAUGGAUCUAUUUAGUAAUACUAUUUGUAUAUAUUUUGAAGCUUAAAGUUUCAUAGCAAAAUUGUGUAGUUUGUGGAUAUGUUUAGUGAGUAAUAUAUUAAAAUGAACUUUUAAAUUACUAUAUUAUUUUAUAAAGGUAAUAUUUAUUUAAAGAGCACACAGUAAUUUGUACAUCAUAAAAUAUAUAAAUCAAAUUUGUCUUGUGAUGAUUUUAAAUUAUGUAGAUCUAUGAAGGAUUACAUAGUAGUGGAAUUUAUUACCAAAUCUAAUAAAUUUGGGAAAAAUGGAUCUGAACUACACUGAUAAUAAAAUUUCCUUACCAUAUUAUUAUGUCACCGUUUUAGUUGUGAACAAUUAUGCUUUAAGAUUCAUGAAUAAGAUUAACAUGACUUCCAAUGCCAUUGAGGCCUUAAUUUCAUUUCUGAAAGUAGCAGUCAUGACAUUUAUGUUGGCAUCUAAUUACUUAACAUCAAGGGGGCAGUAAAAUGAUAGAUAGAUAAAUAACAGAAUGCAGUGCAAUUUUAUCAAUCAUGUUACAACAUCUAUCACUAAUGGGAAAUUUUCAAAUCACAAUAAUUUAGAAGAAUACAUUUCUGUACAAAUUACCAAUUGGAACAGAUGAAGUGAUUUGUUCAUUCAAUUAGGGAUUUAAUUGUUAAACAUGAUUCUAAACAUUUAUAGAGAGAGUAUUUAACAACAUUCUUAAUAACAUUUUUAUAUAAACAAUCUUGAAAAGAUAUUCCAUAGUGAUAUAGUAUUAGUGCUUUAAAUUGUUUUGUUAAUUAAAUAAAAUCUUCAAAUGAA